CCUAAUGGCGUCCGGGCUCCCCGGAGCGGGGUGCGGCGGGUGGCCCCUCAUGGCGGCUCCCUAGGCCCUGCAGGCAGCGGGCAACCCGCCCGGCUUCCCCUUCCCCGGGCGCUUCCCUCACACAGACCCCAGUGGUUGGUCACCCCCCGCAACCUCCCUCUUACUCACGGAAGGGAUCAACCCUUGCUGGAGAACGCAGUCGCCCAAGGAGGAAAAGUGGCGUCUUCGCUGGCUGCAGGGUGACUUUGUUUGUCAGGCGUCCUGCCACCGUGAAGCGUUUUAAAACAUGGAGGAUCCUAAUUAGCCCCACGCGGUGGGGUGCUCCUUUACAACCUUCCAUUUUGCCGUUGGACAUUUAUAUUUUUCUGUGAGUUUUCACAGAUGUAGAGAAUCAAAUCACAUUUUAAAGCCUUUUUUUAUUUGUUAGUUUUUGUUUGUUUUUGUUGUAGCUUUUUUGCUUUAGCCUACCUGGGUAAUAUCUGGUCAGCACUGUCUUGGCUGAGCCAGGAAAGGUAUCCAGCCUGAAUGGACAGGGCAACAUUUGCCUGUUCCACCGCCUUUUUUCGUGACUACAGCAGUUCAUCUCACACUGCAUUCUGCCUCCCGACAGGACACGUUGACUUUAUUGAAAAGGUAGAAUCAUUCACUUACUCAGACUUUUUCCGGGAUUAUUUGAUUCCCAACCAUCCCUGUAUUUUCUCAGCUAAAUUCACAGAAGGCUGGGGCAGCAGGAGAAAUUGGGUUACUUGGGAUGGGAAGCCUAACUUCGAUUAUCUGUUGCAGAAGUUUGGAGAGGCUAUAGUACCUGUUGCCAACUGUGAUGUCAAGGAGUACAAUUCUAACCCAAAGGAGCAGAUCCCUUUCAAGGAGUACAUAAAUUACUGGAAAGAGUACAUUAAAAAUGACUACCGUUCAUCUCGAGGGUGCCUUUAUCUGAAGGACUGGCACCUGAGCAGAGCUUUCCCAGAGCAAGAUGUUUACACGACCCCUGUGUAUUUCACAUCCGACUGGCUGAAUGAAUACUGGGAUGCUAUAGGUGUGGAUGAUUACCGGUUUGUCUAUAUGGGACCUAAAGGUUCAUGGACUCCAUUCCAUGCUGAUGUCUUCCGUUCCUAUAGCUGGUCAGCCAAUAUAUGUGGGAGAAAGAAAUGGUUGCUCUACCCCCCGGGACAGGAGGAAUACCUAAAAGAUCGCCAUGGCAACUUGCCCUUCGAUGUGACUGCACCUGGUCUUCAGGAUAGAAGUGUUUACCCUCGCUACACCCAAAGCCAACCCCCUGUUGAAAUAUUACAGGAAGCAGGGGAAAUUGUCUUCAUCCCCAGUGGAUGGCAUCAUCAGGUUUACAAUCUGGAGGAUACCAUUUCCAUUAACCACAAUUGGGUGAAUGGCUGCAACGUGGCUAUAAUGUGGUGCUUCCUGCAGGAUGAAUUAGCAGCUGUCCAGCGGGAAAUCAAUGAAUGGAAGGACCCUAUGGAUGACUGGCACCUACAAUGCCAGUUGAUCAUGAAGUCUUGCACGGGUAUAGACUAUAAGGAGUUCUACAACUUCCUCAAAGUUAUUGCAGAGAACAGGAUUUCUGUCUUGGAAAAGGGCCUCGAUGAUGAAGCUUUAGCAAAGAACACUCCGAAAGCUGCUAUUUCCACCUUGGGCAUGCUCCAUGCGGUGUUUGAUUUAAAGAGGACUGUGAAGGUGUUAACAUCAUUGAGUGCUAAUGAAGAUUUCAAGAAACUAGACCUGACGUCACUUUCUCCACCUCCGGAGGCAUUGCUCCACCACUUGAAAGCAGCAAUAGAUACAGCGCUACUCUAACUUCCUAUUUAGUCAGUUCUUUGUAAAAUGAGCCUUUUACAAAAUGAGUGAAGAAUGACUUCUCCCUGUUAAAUAGCUGUUGCAAUUUAAGUACAAAGAGCCUUAAUAUAGAAUAGGGAGGGAGUACAUUCAUAAGAAGACUGAAUACUUUGUAAACUACCAACACUUGAGUAUCUUGAAUAAUUGCAUGGCGGGGGGGAGAGAAAAUGGAAAAAAACAAUAAUGUUGGUAUUGUAGAGGCUGAUAAAUUGAUCCCUGCUGGUGAGUAUGCAUUCGGUGAAGGCAAACAAAAAUUCUCUGUGGAACAAGCUUUGGUCUGGCAGGGCUCAGCGCCAAAAUUACAGCGGUCUGCACCAUGCUUCCCUUUGUUUCUGAAAGCAGUGUACAGACCCUAACCUGUACUGCAGGCUCCAACAGGUAAUCUCUGCUGUCUCUGGUCACAACCUCAUUGCUUUAAAAGCUGUCCUGCUUCCAGGAGUAGCUCAGCCUUUUUUUUCAUGUUAUGGAAGGCUAGUUAUUUAGGUCUCUUGAAGGCUGAGCUGGCUCAACAGCUGUAGCUUGGAUAUGCAGGAGCUCUCUGUACUAGUUUCCUGUAUAGUGACAGCACUCUACAGCUGAAAGUCUGUGAUAGCCUCAGCCUUCAUCCUACUUCAGGCCCAGCAGGUUUAGAUUAACAUAGCAGGAAGGCAGAGUCCUGAUAGCAGAUCUACCACUAACAAUUUUACCAUGUGAUCCACCCAAGCUCAAAAGGAGAAGCGUGAAUGUACGCUCUCAUUGCUAUACACUACUUCAAGGCACAGUAUUUUUAUCAAGCAAAGACUUGAUUAAUCAGGGAAGCUAGCAAAUAGCCUCAUAUUGUCUCUUAAAAAAAAAAAAAAAAAAAAAAAAAAAAAAAAGCCAUGCUUUCAACACACCAAAUAGCACUAUUGCAUGGUUACAGAGCACAACUUAAAACCUGGAUGCUACCCUUGGGCUAAAGAGCAUUUCCAGGGAAGUAUCCCUCUUGCUGUUACUGGUUGACAAGAAAGCCCAAAGCACAAAUGGCUGCAUACUGUUAACAUAGUUGCCCCUUGGGGCUCACUUGAAUUACUGAUCCAAAACUUCCUCACUUCUCAACCACAGAUGACCAGUAAAAGCAAUUAAUAACCUUAUGUUUAGAAAGUACAAUACUAGAAGUCUUUAGUAGCCUGGAAAAUUGCAUUGUUUUUCUAGAUCAUCCUGUGGAGUUUGUACAGUGCAUGCAUUUUGCACGUCAUAUUUUGUAGUAGGUGUUCUGCAUUGUGACCAGGAAAUGGUACCUGAAAUUAAAAUCAAUACCCAGGGUAUGGAAGAAUGGAGAAAACAUUUUUAACAGCUGUGACUACAUCUCAGUGAUUCAACCUUCUGGCAAGGUGUUUCUUUGGACUGGAAAAUUGCCAGUUUUAAGCAGCUCUGAAACUAAAUGUUCACAGCUGCCACUUAUGGCUGUUUACAUUCUCAAAGACAGGCAGCUGGAGCUUUUCU